UCUUCUACAAAACUUACAACUGGUGGUGAACAGAGGAACAGAGCGAGAAACAGACACAAAGAAGAGAUAGAGAGAGAGAGAAUCUGACCUCGUUUCCUUCUUGUGCGAGGGAAAUUUAAUUGUUUUCUACUUUGAAUUCUCUCAUUUACUCACCAAGAGAAGAGAGACAGAGAGGUUAAUAUUAUCAAGACCCUCCUUGACUCUCUCUCAAGAUUUUCAAAACUAGAAAGAGAAAGAGAGAGACGAUGUUUGCUGCGGAGAACGGUCUGAAAGGAGAUCCAAGGCUCGAAGCUAUAUCAGCAGCCAUUAGAGUAGUUCCUAAUUUCCCCAAGAAAGGGAUUAUGUUUCAGGACAUAACUACGUUGUUACUUGAUCACAAGGCGUUUAAACAUACAAUUGAUAUCUUUGUAGAUCGUUACAAAGACAUGCAAAUCUCUGUUGUUGCUGGAGUUGAAGCAAGAGGUUUCAUGUUUGGUCCAUCCAUUGCCUUAGCCAUAGGCGCUAAGUUUGUCCCUUUGCGUAAACCUGGCAAAUUACCAGGUAAAAUUCACAUUGCACUUAAAUUUUUGGGUUUCUUCGUUGUUGAUGAUGAAAAUGGUAACACUGUAAUUAUAGGGAAAGUGAUAUCGGAGUCUUAUGAGCUUGAGUAUGGACAUGACCGUUUAGAGAUGCACGUUGACGCGGUUGAGCCACUAGAACGCGUCAUUAUAAUCGAUGAUCUUGUAGCUACCGGUGGUACACUUUCAGCUGCCAUUAGCCUUAUGGAGAGCCAGGGAGCUGAAGUUGUGGAAUGUGCUUGUGUUAUUGGCUUGCCUGAAGUCAAGGGGCAGCACAAGCUGAAAGGGAAGCCGCUCUAUGUGCUGGUGGAGCCUAGUGGAUUAGAUGAAUUCUGUUAGGAUACAACCCGUGAGGGUUAGGACUGUGUGCUUUCCACUGGCAGUGCCAAGAUACUGAAACGUACAUUGCUGAUGUUGUUGAACCGGUUUAUGUUUGGUUGGAUUUCUGAUGGAACACUAACCUUUAUAUUAAUCAAUUUACAUAGUGAAAUUCAAUCAUUAGAGAAGGUAAGAUACGUUCCUUUCUUACCGUGUG